GCAGCAUCCUGGCGCGGGGCUCGGCCGCCGAGCCACAGCCGUCGGGGAAGGUCUCAGAGCGGUCAUGGCCCUGCACCCCGCCCGCCCGGGCCCGCGCCCCCCGGGUCCGGCUCAGUAGCCCCGCGAAGAGGCGGCCUCGACGGUGCGGACGGUGCGGAAGGCCGGGCGGGCGGCAUGGAGGCGGCGCACCUGCUCCCGGCCGCCGACGUGCUGCGCGGCUUCUCGGUGGCGGCCGAGGACGGCUUGAGCCCGGAGCAGGUGACCGCUGCUCGGGAGCGCUACGGCCUCAACGAACUCCCGACUGAGGAAGGGAAGCCCCUGUGGGAGCUGGUGCUGGAGCAAUUUGAGGACCUGCUGGUGCGCAUUCUGUUACUGGCCGCCCUGGUCUCCUUCGUCCUGGCAUGGUUCGAGGAGGGCGAGGAGACCACCACAGCCUUUGUGGAGCCCUUCGUCAUCAUGCUGAUCCUUGUGGCCAAUGCCAUUGUGGGUGUGUGGCAGGAGCGCAAUGCUGAGAGCGCCAUUGAGGCCCUGAAGGAGUAUGAGCCCGAGAUGGGCAAGGUGGUCCGCUCAGACCGCAGAGGCGUGCAGAGGAUCCGCGCCCGGGACAUCGUCCCCGGAGACAUCGUGGAGGUGGCAGUGGGAGACAAAGUGCCGGCUGACCUACGCCUCAUCGAGAUCAAGUCCACCACGCUGAGGGUGGACCAGUCCAUCCUGACAGGUGAAUCUGUGUCUGUGACCAAGCACACAGAUGCUAUUCCAGACCCAAGAGCUGUGAACCAGGACAAGAAGAACAUGCUGUUUUCUGGCACCAACAUUGCAUCAGGCAAGGCUGUGGGCGUGGCAGUGGCCACAGGCCUGAGCACGGAGCUGGGGAAGAUCCGGAGCCAGAUGGCAGCGGUGGAACCAGAGCGGACACCUCUGCAGCGCAAACUGGAUGAGUUUGGGCGGCAGUUGUCCCGAGCCAUCUCUAUCAUCUGUGUGGCCGUCUGGGUCAUCAAUAUCGGUCACUUUGCUGACCCGGCCCACGGCGGCUCCUGGCUCCGAGGCGCUGUGUACUACUUUAAGAUCGCUGUGGCCCUGGCUGUAGCUGCCAUCCCCGAGGGCCUUCCAGCCGUCAUCACUACAUGCCUUGCCCUGGGCACCCGGCGGAUGGCACGGAAGAAUGCCAUCGUGCGCAGUCUACCCUCCGUGGAGACUCUAGGCUGCACCUCGGUCAUCUGCUCGGACAAGACGGGCACGCUUACCACCAAUCAGAUGUCUGUCUGUCGGAUGUUCGUGGUAGCAGAGGCGGAACCAUGCUCCAGCCGUCUGCAUGAGUUCACCAUCUCGGGCACCACUUAUACCCCGGAGGGUGACGUGCGGCAGGGGGAGCAGCCUGUGCGCUGUGGGCAGUUCGAUGGGCUGGUGGAGCUGGCGACUAUCUGCGCCUUGUGCAACGACUCCGCGCUAGACUACAACGAGGCCAAGGGUGUGUAUGAGAAGGUGGGAGAGGCAACGGAGACGGCUCUGACCUGCCUGGUGGAGAAGAUGAAUGUGUUCGACACUGAUCUACAGGGCCUCUCCCGGGUGGAGCGAGCCAGUGCCUGCAACUCGGUCAUCAAGCAGCUCAUGCACAAGGGCUUCACCCUGGAGUUCUCACGUGACCGGAAGUCCAUGUCGGUGUACUGCACACCCACCCGUCCCGACCCAGCAGCCCGGGGCAGCAAGAUGUUUGUGAAGGGGGCUCCUGAGAGUGUGAUCGAGCGCUGCAGCUCAGUCCGGGUGGGGAGCCGCACAGUACCCCUGAAUCCCACCUGCAGGGAGCAAAUCCUGGCUAAGAUCCGGGACUGGGGCUCAGGCUCAGACACACUGCGUUGUCUGGCACUGGCCACCCGGGAUGCACCCCCAAAGAAGGAGGACAUGCAGCUGGAUGACUGCAGCAAGUUUGUGCAGUAUGAGAUGGACCUGACCUUCGUGGGCUGUGUGGGCAUGCUGGACCCCCCGCGGCCCGAGGUGGCCACUUGUAUUGAGCGGUGCCGCCGGGCAGGCAUCCGCGUCGUCAUGAUCACAGGCGACAACAAAGGCACAGCCGUGGCCAUCUGCCGCCGGCUGGGAAUCUUUGGGGCCACGGAGAACGUGGAGGGCAAGGCCUACACCGGCCGGGAAUUCGAUGACCUUAGUCCUGAGCAGCAGCGUCACGCCUGCCGUACUGCCCGGUGCUUCGCCAGGGUGGAGCCAGCACACAAGUCCCGUAUCGUGGAGAACCUGCAGUCCUUUGAUGAGAUCACGGCCAUGACUGGAGAUGGGGUCAACGAUGCCCCAGCCCUGAAGAAAGCGGAGAUUGGCAUUGCCAUGGGCUCUGGCACCGCCGUGGCCAAAUCAGCAGCAGAGAUGGUGCUGUCAGAUGACAACUUUGCCUCCAUCGUGGCUGCAGUGGAGGAGGGCCGGGCCAUCUACAGCAACAUGAAGCAGUUUAUCCGCUACCUCAUCUCCUCCAACGUGGGCGAGGUGGUCUGCAUCUUCCUCACGGCAAUUCUGGGCCUGCCCGAAGCCUUGAUCCCUGUGCAGCUUCUCUGGGUGAAUCUGGUGACAGAUGGCCUACCUGCCACAGCACUGGGCUUCAACCCUCCCGACCUGGACAUCAUGGAGAAGCUGCCCCGGAACCCACGAGAGGCCCUUAUCAGUGGGUGGCUCUUCUUCCGCUAUUUGGCAAUUGGAGUAUACGUAGGCCUGGCCACAGUGGCUGCCGCCACCUGGUGGUUCCUGUAUGAUGCCGAUGGACCUCACAUCACCUUCUACCAGCUGAGGAACUUCCUCAAGUGCUCGGAGGACAACCCGCUCUUUUCCGGCAUUGACUGCGAGGUCUUUGAGUCCCGCUUCCCCACCACCAUGGCCCUGUCUGUGCUGGUGACCAUUGAGAUGUGCAACGCGCUCAACAGCGUGUCAGAGAACCAGUCACUGCUGCGCAUGCCGCCCUGGCUCAACCCCUGGCUGCUGGCGGCAGUGGCCAUGUCAAUGGCGCUACACUUCCUCAUCCUGCUCGUGCCACCCCUGCCUCUCAUUUUCCAGGUGACCCCACUGAGUGGGCGCCAGUGGGUGGUGGUGCUCCAGAUUUCGUUGCCCGUCAUCCUCCUGGAUGAGGCCCUCAAGUACUUGUCCCGGCACCACAUGGACGGCAUUCUCAGGACAGUUUCCCUGGCAUGGAGUGGGCAGCCGCCGACCACCUCCUGGACCCCAGAACACACAGGAAGGAAAGGACCAGAAGUGAGUGUCGGGGGCAGAACGAAGUCUCCGGUGUGUAACUCAGACUGACGGUGCCCAUGCGCUCACCCCCACCUGCCACUGCGCUCCCCGCUUGCUCACCUGGCCCAGCCCAGGUCUGCUACCCCCUCUACUGGCCUGCUCCUGGGCCUGGAGUGUGGGGGGGUCUCACCGCCACCUGACUGGGAGCUCUAGGAUUUUCCUGAGAAGUUCUCCUGAAGCUCUGACCUGGGUCUGCAGCCCAGGAGGGGUCUGCCCAGGAGCCAGAGGUGGCAGCAGUUCCAGAGAACCUAGCCCUCCAGCCCUCCAGCCCUCCAGCCAGGAGCACAUUCCAGAGCCUGCUUCCCUCGCCUAGAGGCUGGGUGUUUCCAUGGUGAUGGGGGGGAGGGAAUUCUGGGGGCCACUCUGCUCUCUCUCACUUGUCUGGUCUGAGGCCUGGUCAGCACGGGUGGAAGGGGGCCAUCUGGGCGCAGCUGUGCACACGGAAGGCAUCAGCCCCUUCCACUCUGCUGUGCUUCCACAAAGUCGGCUCAUGAGGGCUUGAUCCUAUUCCUGUUUACGUGUGGAGGGAGCUAAAGGGUCAGAGAGAGGGACACAGGCGAAGAGCAGGGCAGGGCAGCAACCCCUUUGGCUGGGUGACAGCCCUGCUGCCUGCCUCAGCUCUGGGUUCCCUCGCCAGUAGCCUGGCCUGCCAGGCAGAGGGGUGGAUUUGCCCUGUGGGGCCCUGCCAUCUGAGACCCCGACAUCCCUGGCUGCCAGACCUCUAUGGCCUUGUACCCUGAUCCAGUGCAGGGUCAUCUCAAGGCCGGCACUGCUGCAUGGUUCUGAGUCCCAGGACUCUGGCCUCACUGCCCACUGCUCCAUCCCACACACCAGUGAGCCGAAAAGCUAUCACUGUGAGCAGCUCAGUCCCUGAGGACAUUUCUUCUCUUCGUCUCCCCAUCUCCUUAGAGGAACAUGGGUCCCUUUAGAUCAGGUCAGAGGGCAGGAGAGGAGUGUUCCAUGAGCAGAAGUGUUCUCUUAACUCAGCAUUUGCCCCUUUGGCAAAAAUCAGCUUGGCAGAGAAGAAAACAGAGAAUAGAUGACCAAGCCUGCUCCUAGAAUGUACAGAGUGAUUAUUUUACACGUAAGUCAGAGACCUACAUCACAUUCUGAUCCCCAGAAUCAAAGUCCCCCCAGACUUGCUCUGCAGACAAAUGGCCUCUAUGUUCUGUGCAAACCGCCCACCCCCCCCCCUUCUCUCUCCCCCUGGGUUCUGGAGAGGGGAGGGCUGAAGAGAUUCUUUCAUGCUGGGGGAGACGAGGUCUUGUGGCCCCCAAGGACAGCAGUUUGGUAGAAAAAUAAAGGUUGAGUGCCUGGGGCAACAGAA